GACCAAAGCAGCUGUUAGCAGGGGGCUGGAGAGCCUGGAGUCUGGGGAACCGGAGCGCCGGCAGUGUUCUGCGCUACUGACGCGGAGGCUGUAACCUAGCCGCCGCAGCGCCCCCAACUCCGCAGUCGCAGCAUCAGCACCGCUGGACCCGGCUGGAGCCGGCUGCUUGGCAGGAUGUCUGGUGCUCCUCCGAGUUACUCUUUUGUGGCUCUGCCACCUCGAGCUAAGGAUGGUCUGGUGGUAUUUGGGAAAAAUUCAGCUCGUCCCAGAGAUGAAGUACAGGAGGUUGUGUAUUUUCCAGCUGUUGACCAUGAAGCUGAGAGCAAAGUCGAGUGUACUUACAUCUCAAUUGACCAAGUUCCCAGGACCCACGCUAUCGUGAUAAGCAGACCUGCCUGGCUCUGGGGGGCAGAAAUGGGAGCCAAUGAACAUGGGGUAUGCAUAGCCAACGAAGCCAUCAAUGCCAGGGAACCAGCCGCUGAGACAGAAGCCUUACUGGGGAUGGAUCUGGUCAGGCUUGGUUUAGAACGAGGGACAACAGCUAAAGAAGCCUUGGACAUCAUUGUUUCCUUAUUGGAUGAGCACGGACAAGGUGGAAAUUACUAUGAAGACGCACACUCCUGCCAUAGCUUCCAGAGUGCAUAUCUGCUGGUGGAUCGCGACGAAGCCUGGGUGCUGGAGACCGUAGGGAAGUAUUGGGCUGCUGAGAGGAUCACAGAGGGAGUGAGGAGCAUUUGCAAUCAUCUUUCACUCACUACUAAGAUGGAUGAAGAACACCCAGAACUCAGGACUUAUGCUCAGAGUCAAGGCUGGUGGACGGGAGAGGAUGAAUUCAAUUUUGCCCAGGUUUUUUCUCCAGCUGAUGACCAUUUGGACUGCUGUGCAGGCAAAGACAGCUUAGAAAAGCAAGAAGAAAGCAUCACGGUGCAGACGAUGAUUAACAUCUUACGAGAUAAAGCCAGUGGAGUUUGCAUAGAUUCUGAGUCUUUCCUCACCACAGCCAGUAUAGUGUCUGUCCUGCCUCAGAACAGAAGUUCACCGUGCAUCCACUACUUCACCGGGACCCCAGAUCCUUCCAGGUCCAUAUUCAAGCCUUUCAUCUUUGUUGAUGAUGUAAAACUUGUCCCCAAAGCACAGUCGCCCUGUUUUGGUGAUGAUGACCCAGCCAAAAAAGAACCUCGGUUCCAGGAGAAGCCAGACCGCCGGCAUGAGCUGUAUAAGGCACAUGAGUGGGCACGUGCUGUCAUCGAGAGUGACCAGGAGCAAGGCCGCACACUGAGGAAGACCAUGCUGGAGUUGGAGAAACAAGGCUUGGAGGCCAUGGAAGAGAUUCUGAGCAGCCCUGAGCCCCCGGACCCCGCUGAGGUGGGAGACCUUUUCUAUGACUGUGUGGACACAGAGAUGAAAUUCUUUAAGUGAUGUAAGCACCCUCACCCUUACUUAAAACUUCCCACCCGACUAAAUUACCAGCGGAUAAACACUCUUCUGUUUGAGUAAAACGAGAGUUACCAUGUG